UACCAAAUCCUGUAAAGGAUUUUCAACUGUGAGUACUACUUUGCCGCCAAACACAGAUAUGUUUUGCCAAGGCAUUCCAAUUUCUGUAUGUGGAAAGUAUUGACUUUGGAGUGAAUUGCCGUUUUGCAUGCUGUAUUGCAUAUUUUCAUUUGUGUAGAGGUACAUUUGUAUCUGAAGAAGUGUAUUAGAAUCUAUUUGCUAUGACGGAGAUGAAUACCGUACUUACUUCUCGUCUGCGAAAACGAAAGAUUAUUUCUUAUGGUGAUUCAAGUCUGGUGAAGUUUGAACCCACUGAACAUGAACGAUUUGUUAGCAUUAAUAGCAGGGAUGAGUCGAAACAAUUUUCAUUGUCUCUUGAAGAAGAUGGCGUAGAGCUUACUGAAUAUGAAUUAGAAAGACAGAGAAAUAUCGAAGAACGUAAAAGACUUUUGGGUGAACUAAAAAUUGGAGAUGCAAAAGAAGAGUUGCUGGCAGUGGCAGUUGACAGGAAGAGAACACCACAAAGGAAGAAUAAUAAGAUUUCUCUUCCAUCUCGUCCCAAGUCGUUAAGGCUUCAGCAGAAAACUCCAUCCGGGGAUCCAUUGCCAACAAAGAGUGAACCUGUAAUUACUGCAAAAUCUGCAGUUGAUAGUGUGAUUUUAAGAAAACCGUCAGGGUCUCUUUCUAUGAAAUCUGUAUCAGGAAACAAAUUUGAAGAAGAAUUAUUGAAAAAAAUUGUGAGGAGUUGUAAAGUAGUCCUGAAAGAUGAAGUUUCUUCACUACAGACAAAAUCUGGCUGUGACCUAAAAAUGUUAAGGAAAGAACUCGGCAAACUGGCCCUUCAAGUGGAGAGAAUUGCAAAGGUAGUUCCUUAUCGUAUCUACUCUAUGGCUGCUCAUCCUGCUGAGAAUAAAUUACUGCUGGCUGUUGGAGAUAAGUGGGGCAACGUUGGUUUGUGGGAUGUGUUGUCUGACAGAGGAACUGAGAGUGUUCAGCUUUUUCAGCCUCAUGUAGGGCCUGUCAACUGCACCAGUUUUUGUUCUUAUGAUGCAACAAAAAUCUAUACCACUAGUCAUGAUGGAACUGUAAGAUGUGGGGACCUGAAUAAACUUAUGUUUGAUGAGAUUUAUGCGAGUGAUGAAGAACUGUCAAGAAAUCACACUACAUGGCACUGUCAGUCAGAAGAAAGGAGUUUAAUGAUUGCUCAUGGUAAUGGAAGAGUUGCCUUGGUGGACACAAGGGCUAAGAAUCAGGUGCAUGGUUGGUAUUCUUGCCAUGAACGGUCAGUAAGAACAGUUCAAAUUCAUCCACUCCAGCAACAGUACUUCAUAACCUCGUCAGUAAUGUGCGAAGUGAAGAUUUGGGAUCGCCGAUAUCUCAAUAAGAAAUCUCCAGAACCUGUUUGUACUUUGGUGCAUCCCAAGGGACUCACAAGUGCCUUUUUCUCCCCAACUGGAAAGUAUGCGGUCACUACAUGCAAUGAUGACCGUCUGCGAGUGUAUGAUGUCACAAACAUGCUUACGACACGACCAAAUGUGGUGGCUAGUAUAAAGCAUAAUACACACACAGGUCAGUGGUUGACAACAUUCAAAGCAACUUGGCACCCGCAACGAGAUGAUGUUUUUGUUGUUGGCAGCAUGGAUCACCCUAGAAGGAUUCAUUUGUAUGGUUAUAAUGGUGAAUGUUUACACAAGUUGAUGGAUGAAAAUCUUGCUUCAGUUUGUUCAAUUUGUGUAUUUCAUCCAACUCAGCAAAUAAUAUUUGGAGGCAACAGUUCUGGAAGAGUGCAUGUCUUUAUGUGAAUAUCUGGAUAAUGACCUUGCAGAUAUGGUAAGACACUUGUAUAACACUAAAUUAUUUCAACUUUCCAUAAAAGUAAGACUUUAAGUUAUAAGCUUAUCAAGUUAUUGUUGUUUCCUAAGCAUCUAAGCUGUCAGAAAACUUUUAGUAUUUAAAAUAUAUGGAUAUGUGUUUGAAUGUAGUUGUUUUAUAUUAGAAUCCCUUAUUGUCUUCCCUAUUGCAAAAUAUCACGAGGUAUUCUUAUUUCUUAUUGUCUUUUCUGUGUUACAUUUUAUUUUUAAACGUUUUACAGUGUACAGUUUUUGAUGCACAAAUAAGGAUUCCAAGUCAGUAUGCAACUCUGAUACUUUAUGCUAUUAUAAUGAAAGUUCUUGCGAUCUUAAUAUGGAAAUAAGCAGCAUUUUGAUGAUUUGUUUGUUGUUCCAUUUUGUCUGUGUAGUCGGUUGACGAUUGUUGCAAGUAUUCACAUACGUUUACAUGUUUGUAAUGUGUGCUGAAUAUAAUUUGCAUUUAAAUGUAUGUUGAUAUAUUUUGUUUUGAUCCACAUUUUAAAAUACUGGAGGCUUUGCCCCUGCUCGUUUCACUUGUCAGUCCCGCUGGGGAGCGCCUGCCCUUUCAUCCAUUCAGUUUUCUCCUGUUUCUUCCUCUUUCCUUUGAUUUGUGGAUUUGGAAACAAAAAAUUAAGAAAUAAACAGAAAUUUGAGCAGUU